AGGAAUCUGCGUCACUUAGACGCUCGCGGGGGUUUUUCACUUCACUGUUGAUUGAGCAGUGUUGCUAACUUGGCGACUUUGUCGCUACAUUUAGCGGCUUUUCAGACCCCCCAGGAACUUUUUUUUUUUUUUUUUCCCCCUCAAAAAGCGACUAGUGACAAAUUAACUUUUUCCGGUGACUUCGGCGAGUUUUGGAGACUUUCCGGAAAUCUAACAGCGAGUUUUCUACACAAAAUUUGGCAACAGUGCGACAGACUGGCGCUCACACUGCGAUACUAAAAGGUUAAAAUGUAUCGAGCGCUGUUGCUGUUAAUAUGUGUGCCGCUGUCGACCACGGUGUGGAUUUUACCCGGGCCUCUCAGGUGCUCUCGACAGGAUUUGAAUUGUACAGCUCGCACAAAUAACUGCAUGGACAAAGAUUGGCUGAAAGUUAAUGAUUACACUCCCAGCAGUCCGGAGGACCUGAAGGUGUCAGUGGAGAUCAGGCAGGAUGAGGCAGGACGUCUGCAGCCUGUACUGGAUGCUCGCUGGAAGUUAAAGGAUGAUGGCAGUAUCCGUUUCUUAACUGCCACUGAGCUUCAUGUUCUGGUGACAUCCACCAAUCAGAACCUGUGUGUUCGGUACUCUUUCAAAAACGAACUCAAAAUGCGAAGUCCAUCAGGGGAACAGUGGUCAUUCUCAGCCGGUAUGCUGGUGCUGGACCCGGGUCAGAGCUACCGGGUCUCUGUGUUCAACAUACCCAAACCAGAGCUAAACCACAGCAACUAUGACAUCAGCAAAAAUGUCAAAGUUGAUGGCUGUGAAAGUCCGCAAAUGCAGAUGACACAGUUUUGCAUAGAGAGCGGAAGCCUGUGGCAGCCUAACAUCACUCUGAGUCAGGUCCCUGUAGUUGGUGGGAGCUCUGCUCUGGCUGUCAGCUUCAGCACCGACAGGCUGUGUGAGGAGUACAUGGUUAUUGUGAGGUGCCCUUCUGUCCAGCACACCCAUCGACUUAAGAAGGCCAAUCAGACGACCCUGAAUGUAACAUUCAGCCGUGAUAAAUGGCCCAGAUCCUGCUGCCAGUUUGAUGCUGAGAUCAAACCUUAUUUCCCACAAUGUGGUGAAGACUGUGCCCGUCGAAGGAAAACUCACAAUUUUUGCUCUGCAACACCACUACCACUAACAGCUGCCCCAGAUGCCCCGUCCUAUAAGUUCAUUGCCCUGGGAGUGGUGGUGGUAAUAUGUGUGCUGAUGGCAGUUGUUAUGUAUGCCAUCUGCAGGAAGCCAGGUAAAACUGAUGCUAGUGCCGGACCAGAGGGAGUUCCCAAACCACAGAUGGUCAAACAACCUCCCAAAGUGCUGGUCAUCUACUCCCAAGACCACCACCUGUACAGGGACAUAGUGCUGAAGCUCUGCGCCUUCCUCCAGACCAAGUGUGGCACUAAGGUGCUGGUAGACCUGCUAGACUCCACGUCAGUCAGCAUGGUGGGUCGUCUCCGUUGGCUUGAGUGGCAACGGCAACAGUUGAAAGAUCCCUCUGACAAAAUCCUAGUGCUGUGCUCACGAGGUGUCCAGGCAAAGUGGAAGGCCAUGUGUGGUCAAGGACGAGUGACUCUGAAGGAAGACCUGCUCUCCCCCACAGAUGACAUGCUCACUCCCUUUCUCAACCUCUUUCUACCAGAAAUGCACCAGGCAGGUAUGCUGGGCAGGUACAUGGUAGCUUACUUUGAUGACAUCAGCAGUGAACAAGAUGUGCCAUCAGUUUUUGACAUUGCAGUCAAAUACAGCCUGAUGAAGCACUUUGAAGAGCUGUACUUCCGCAUCGUAGACAUUGAAAAGUAUCAGCCAGGACAGGUCAACCACUUUGAGGGAAUUGGUGCGGAUGAAUAUUUCAACUGUCCCUCUGGUAGUGCCCUGAGGAAAGCUAUUGAAACGUUCCAGGCCUACCAGUGCGAACAUCCUGACUGGUUUGAGAAGGAGUGUGUAGUUAGUGAAGAGGAGGUCCUAAAUGAAGCCAAUCUGCAUAUUGAACAGUUUCACAUCCCUCCUGUCCUAGAAUGUGUCCCUUUAAUCAGAGACGGCCUUCCUGUCUAUGUUCAGGACAUAGAAGUCAAUGAAAACAGCACCAGCAUUCACAUUCUUACACCCGAACAAAACCCAGAGAGUCAGCUGUCCUCAGUAACAGAACUCAUACCUGCGCUGAAUCCAAAGGGCAGACAUCAGCAUUCAUCAGGCUUGGAGGAAGUGCUGACAGAUCACCUGUGUUUGCACAAUCCCAGUGCACAGUCUGUCUACAUAGCUGAGCCAGUUCUAAACAAACCACCACCACCAAGACAGAACUGGGUCUCCCUUGAGGAUGAACCUUUGGGUCAGAUUCCUACUGAGGAUGAUGAGGAUUCCCUAAUGCCUAUGAGCCAACCUUCUGCUCAUUUGGACCAAAGCUGCUCAGCCCUGCAGAACUAUCUGGACUUAAAUUCUCCAGAAUUCUCAGGUACAAGCAUCCAGAGGCAGCAUUUCCCCUGCUCUGAAGUCGACGACUCCGAGCCUGUGCUGAUUGAGGAGGGCGAGGAUCUGGAGCCGAAAGGACCGAGCAGUGGAUCUGAUCAAGGCUACAUCUCCAAAAUAUCCUCCCAGCCUGAAUUCCUUUUUCAAGAGGAUUCAUUGGUGGCUUUGGCAAGACUGCAGGAGAAGCUGUUUCAAGAGAAUCUCAGCUGCUCUGAAGGGAACUCCGUGUAUUAGACUUCAACUGGCAUUACAGAUGUGACCCCAUAAAGUCCAAGAGUUCAAAUAGAGUAAACGUUUCAGACUCUGUAAGAGGAAUCUGACAAUGUGGGGAUGAUAUAUCUAUACAUAUAUUACAUAUAUCUUCAAUGAUAUAUUACAUUAUAGAUCGUUUGUAAAGGCAGCAUGAUGUUGCUGUGACAGACAGUUCACGUGGACUUCUUCAGUGGCUCAUGACUUCAGUCAAGAUUCAGAUUUCAGUUGAGAAUUCAGCUUUAGGUGAGAAAAUCUCUGAUAUGUUUCCCUUUUGGGGGAUUAGGUUCAUCAUUCAUAUAAGAGGUCGCAAGCUAGGGACUGCCCAGGUGUCGCUGAGAAAGCUGUAGAUUCAAAAGCUGCCAAUAAGUAAAACAGUCUUCAACAGUGUUUCCCAGUAAUGCGUUUUUGUAUUUCCUCCUUGUUGUUGUUUAUGUUGUGUAUGUGCAGCAGGUCAGGGCCGAUUAAAAAAUCUAAAUGAGGGAUUGAGAAUGACAGAGUUGUACUUUCAAAACCUCAAGGUUAUGUUGUUUUUGGGGGUUUUAUUUUUGUCUCUUUCAAAGAUACAAAGAGCAUUGAUCAUUGCAAACAUUGUGCACUUGAGGACAGCUGAAUGGUAAAUGUUAAUAUCAACAAUAUGAAUAUACACACUACAGUAUGAGGAUGAGUGAUUGGACCUGAUUUGUGUUUGUGCAUCUUACUGCUUACGCUGUGACCUGUUGGCAGUGUGACAGAACAUGAACAGGUGAUAUUGUAGGAAACAGGAGACAGUUUCAUAAUCAUUUGCACCAAUUGGUCAAACUAUUUGCAGUUUGUUUAAAUGAAAUAAUGGUUGCUUUUAUUUGCUAUAGGGCACAUUGUAGGUGUGUGAGUACAGGAAGUAUACACUUCAAAUCACUUCCCUACCUGCACAGAUUUGUUCAUUAGUCAGCUUGUCUCCUCAGACGUGGAUGAGGGUUAAAAGCUGCAUCUCGUGCUGAACAGGGCCAGUGAGAGGCAGUGGUGCAUGUAAGAGCCAGCUGGAAGCAGAUUCUCUGGAAAAUUCCUAAAUGUAGUAUAUGCAUGCAAGAAUGAAAGUUUAAUGGUGAGUAUUUGAGUGAGGGGCUUGGAUAGGCUGCCUCUUGGUCAUAACUGAACAAGACACUUAUACAGACAAACAGGAAGUGAUUGAACUGGGAGGAGAAUAAAUAUUAAAGAAUAUUUCCAGGUGACCAGAGUCAAAUUAUUCCCUAUAAAAAGGGUAAUUUUUACCAUUUCCGGACAACUAGUAAGUACUGGAAGUAAUUGUACUUGGGCGCAGUGCUGAUCAUUUACUGGGAGUACAUCCAUAAUAUGCUUUUGUAUAACACGUUUGGGAAAACUAUAUGAAUGAUCAAUACUUUUCUUUGGUACUGAAGCUAGAAAGAAGCCAUAGUCUCAGGUUAUGAAGGACUUGAGAAUAAAUUGAGAUUUACUGUUGAGGUUUUAAGUGGCUCAUUUCUCCGUGUACAGUGUGUUUAUGUCUAUUUGUUUUCUGUAAAGAGUUCAUUUUUGAUGAUUUUGUUCAAUACUCAACCCGACAGAACUUAUGUGUGUUAGUUUAUUUGUUAGAAUCAACAAUAUAUAACUUACUUCUCUUUGAACAUUAAGUUUCUCUGAUUUAUUUAAGGUUUCAACCACAUGACACUCUGUCUUACAUAUACAGCUGGUUACAUAGAUUGGAUUAUAUCAGUACAGAUACACACCACACAAUUUAAUAGUACAGGUAAGGUCCUCUGUAAACGACAGCAACAUCCCUGGAAACAAGUUUGAAGAAAAG